ACCGGGUGACGUGUCAGUUUGUUUACAGCGGUGAGCAGUCGGCUGCAGCUGCUCAGACAUGGCUGUUGAUAUCACGUUACUUUUCAAAGCCAGCGUUAAGACUGUCAAAACCAGGAACAAGGCCAUAGGAAUUGGCUUCGAAUCGACCAAAGAUGAAAUUUUCAAGAGAAGCAGACCGAAGAGUGGCUUCUCACCGAGGGCGAAAGAAGUGAUCACGAACAUCACCAAGCUCAAAGACUUUCUGCUACAGCACAGAAAAGAUUAUGUGAGCGCCGGAAGUCUCAUUUCAUCAGACCUUUCCCGCAUGACAGACAAUGACCGCGACCAGAUCGACCAGGAUGCUCAGAUCUUUAUGAGAACCUGCUCUGAAGCCAUCAAGCUGCUACGCAGUGAAGCUGAGAAACAGGUGAUGUCAGCUCAGAUAAAGGAGCACAGGGGAGCGGUGCUAGACCUCAUUGAAACAUACCUAAAAGGUGUAUGCAAGCUGUACUCUGAGCAGAGAGCCAUUAGAGUCAAGAGAAUGGUGGACAAGAAGAGGCUAUCAAGACUGGUACCAGAGCAUCACAGUCCAGUGGAGAAAAAAGUGGAAGUGGAGCCCACAGAGGAGGACACCAUUAAGGAGGAAAGUUCUGAGAAGACUACAUCAUCAGAGGUCCAGGACAACCCUGUAAACCUGUGGGAGGAGAGCCGAGUGGAAGAUGAGCUCUCUCCAGAGGAAAUUCAGAUGUUUGAGCAGGAAAACCAGAGGUUGAUCAGUGAGAUGAACAGCCUGGUGGAUGAAGUGAGGCAAAUCGAGGGGAAGGUGGUAGAGAUCUCACGACUUCAAGAAAUCUUUGCUGAGAAGGUCCUGCACCAAGAAGCAGAAAUAGACAACAUUCAUCAGCUCGUCGUUGGUGCUACAGAGAACGUCAAAGAAGGCAAUGAGGAUAUACGAGAGGCUAUCAAAAACAACGCUGGAUUCAGGGUAUGGAUCCUCUUUUUCCUCGUUAUGUGCUCUUUCUCUCUUCUCUUCCUGGACUGGUAUGACAGUUAACACGACUGCCCAAAUGGACUCUGGACAACAACAAACUGCCUGAAGCUGAUACACAAUGCCUAUCUCAGAAGUAAUUGUACGACUGACCGAGAAGUGAAGUAAUGGCAGCAGCGAGGCUGAACGUGCAGUUUACCGGACUUGAUCUGGUGCAUAAAUUAUUGUCCAUGAAGAUUGUGUCCUCAAGUUUAAAUGGCACUUAAUUCUUCCCUGAUUCUAUCUAGGGUAGCUUUAAUAUAAAAAUGCACUUGUAUUUUAACAUCUUGCCUUUCUCAGCCAUGAGUAACAAUGGUUUGACUGGAUUUCGAUCCCUGUGAAUCUCUUCCGAAACUGUUUUAUGCACUAGAGCGUUUUUGCAUCUUGACAACACAGUCCCAUGUAUUCAAAAAGAUUUGUUCUUUAUGUAAAAUAGAUUGCUCUAAAUGCUGAAAAUGAUUUGCAGAUUGGACCCGAAUAAACUGUACUGGCACAUCAGAUACAUUCAAGUAAAAGCAAAUGAUUCUCAAUUAAUCAUAUAUAUAUGAGAUAUAUAUAUAUAUAUAU